AUUUAUAGUUUUGGUAUUAUAAUGUAUGAAGUAAUUUCUGAAUUACCUCCAUAUCAUGAUGUAAAUCAUGAUCAUAAUUUAGCAAUAAGAAUUUGUAAAGGACUUAGACCAAGGUUUAAUAUCAAAGUACCACAAUUAAUUGUCCGUUUAAUUAAAAGAUGCUUAGAUUCAAAUCCGUUAAGUCGACCAAAAGCAGAAGAAAUCAAAAAAAUCUUAAGUCAAUGGUCUGAAGAAUUAUUUACUAUGUUUAAAAAUCAUUAUGUAACUGAUAAUUAUACAGAAAUACAAAAACAAACUAGAGAAGCAGAAAAUAUCAAUAAGAAUUUGGCGGUCAGUAGUGCACCUUCAACCAACUUAGGAUUAUCGCAUAAAACACAUUCAGAAGAUAUUUAUACCAGUAGAUUGCUUAAUUUUAAUAAUCUUCCUGAACCAAAAAAUUCUGUCGAUUAUUAUGAUAAUCAAAACGAUGAUAUAAUUAGCAUGGAAUCUUCAGCAUCAUUAUCUCAGCAAAUUGAUAUUUUUCAGCAAAUUAAUAUUUCUCAGCAAAUUGGUAUUUCUCGACUAAACAUUUAAUGAAGAUGGUAAUAUUUAAACUUACAUU